CUCAAACAUGUCUACCACUGUCACCCAGAUCCAGGAGAUUGCCGCUCAGACCAACGAGUCAUUCACCCUUAAGGACUUGGUCGAUUUCAGCGGCCGCACGUACGGUGACUGGCGCGACGAAUUUCAUCGGGAUGGCUGCGUCGUGAUCAAGAACGUGAUCGGCCCCGAGCGGGCGAAGUACUACUGCGACAAGCAGAUCGAGUGGUUGAAGAACUUCGAACUGGGAUUUGACGAAAAGGACGAGAGUACCUGGACCGCCGAUCACCUCCCGGUUAGCUUCAAGGGAGGCAUGUACUAUGCCUACGCCGCCGCCCAUGAGAAGAUUGCAUGGGAGGCCCGCACUGAGCCGGCGGUGAUCAAGAUCUUCGAGGACCUAUGGGAGACGAAAGAGCUGCUCUGCUCCUUUGACGGAAUGAAUAUUUCUCUGCCCCGCAGAAAAGAUCUGAACUGGAGCCCAUGGCCACACUGCGACCAGAAUCCCGAUCGCAAAGGAAUGCAAGCGGUCCAGGGUCUUCUCAACUACGCUCCGAACGGGCCGCAGGACGGAGGUCUCAUGUUGAUGAAGGGAUCGGCCAAGCUAUUUGACGAAUUUUUCGCCCAGAAGCGCGACCAAUACGACCAUGAAGAUGCCCCUCCCCCGGAGUUGAAGUACAUGGACCUGUUCUUGUUCCACGACAAGGACCUCGAAUGGUUCAAGGACAAAGGUUGCGAGAUGAUCAAGGUCAACAUGGGGCCGGGUGACUUUGUGCUGUGGGACUCGCGCACCAUGCACUACGCCUGCCUGCCUGAGGGCAACCAGAUCCGUCAUGUGCAAUACAUCUGCAUGACUCCUCGCAGAUUUGCCACCCCGCGGGCGCUGGAAUUGAAGAAGCACUGCUUCGAGAACUUCAUCGGCACCACUCACUGGCCACACUGCAACAUUCGUCCUGCUGCCGAGAAACCAAUGCGAGACGGCAAAGUAUGCCCAAAGGACCGCACUGAGCCAUUCGAGAAGCCGGUCAUCACGGAAAAGGUUUUGCAGCUCGCUGGUGUCAAAGCAUAUUAG